CGCCCCCCAGACAAGUUACUGUGGGAGAAGUAAGCUACACCUCCUCCUCUGUCCACCGACUUUCUAGUCCCUGGUUAGGCUCCUGCCCCACUGCAGAGCCCUGACAUUUUAGCACCAUGGAGCUCCGUUAUGCGCUGCUAUUUUCCUGCCUUAUUAUUCCACUGUGCAGUUCGGACACCGAUGUGAGCAGCCACUUUGUUUUGGAGCCCUAUGAUUUCCUCUUCGACAAGGCGGUUGAAGCCUACUAUAAGGGGGACUGGUUGACCGUUGUCCUGAACAUGGAGAAGGCGCUUAGGAACAAAGCUACGGUCCGCAAUGUGAAGGCUCAGUGCCGGCUGAGCUGCGCCAACCAGACCGCUUUCGGUGAACGUCUGUCCGGCUUGGGAGUUCCCAUACCGGGGGCCGGGUCUGUGGAGGACCUGGGAUUCUUCCAGAAAAUCCUGAAACGGGCGGACUGUGUGAACUCCUGCGAGACCGAGAAACUGGGUUACCCAACUCUGCAUCAAGUUACUGCAGACGUGGAGCUGGAGUUUAAAAAGAGGACCCCUUAUAAUUACUUGCAAGCCGCAUAUUUUAAGAUCAAUAAGCUGGACAAGGCAGUGGCUGCUGCACACACGUUCUUCGUGGCCAACCCAGAUCACGUGGAGAUGAAACAGAACCUGGACUACUACAGGAUGAUGGCAGGAGUACAGCCAGAGGACUUCAAAGAUUUGGAGGCCAGGCCACAUAUGGCCGAGUUCCUGCUGGGGAAGAGUUACUACAGCGACGAAUCAUUCGGCCUGGGGGCUGAUCACUUCGAAGUGGCCAUUAAUGAGUACUUCACUGCCGAUAAGGAGUGCAGAGCGCUGUGCGAGGGAGCCUACAACUACGACGGCUACAACUACAUGGAGUACAGUGCAGACCUGUUCCAGACCAUGACAGACCAUUACAUGCAGGUACUGAACUGUAAGCAGCACUGCGCGGUAGAGUUGGCCUCAACUGCUGGCAAAGACAAGCCCUUUGAGGACUUCCUCCCCUCGCUUUUCAACUACCUGCAGUUCUCCUACUACAACAGUGAGAAGUACGAGCAGGCCAUAGAGUGUGCUAAGACCUUCCUGUUGUUCCACCCGGCCGAUGUGGUGAUGAACCAGAACCUGGCUUAUUAUUCUGUAGUGCUGGGUGAAGACAAGGCAGCGACCAUAUCAGCCAGACAGGUGGUGAAACAGCACAUUCAGCAGUCCUUACUGGAAAAAGAGCUGCUCUACUUUGGAUACGAAGCCUUCGGAAUCACAUUUGUAGAUCCAGACACAUGGACUCCUGAAGAUGUCAUGCCUAAGAAACUGAGAGACAAGCAGAAAGCCGACAGAGAGACCGCAGCGAGGAUAACAGAGGAAAUAGGAAACCUAAUGAAGGAGAUUGAGACUCUGGUUGAGGAGAAGAAGAAGGAUUCCUCAGAUAUUGCCAUGAUAAUAACGCAGCCAGAAGGUGGUGCUCUGUUGUAUGACGACAUCAAGGUUACCAUGACGUCCAAGCAGCUGAACGGCUCCCAGCGGGUGCUGCUGGAUGGGGUGAUCAGUGAUGACGAGUGCAGGGAGCUGCACCGCCUCUCCAAUGCUGCUGCUCUGAAAGGUGACGGCUACAGCGGGCGCCCUUCCCCCCACACCCCCAGUGAGAUGUUCCAGGGAGUCACUGUCCUGAAGGCUGUGAAGCUCGGACAGGAGGGGACGGUUCCACUGAGAGCUCGUCGUCUGUUCUUCGACGUCAGCGAGAAGGUGAAGAGUGUUGGGGUCGUACUUUUCCGUCUGGACGCUCCGCUCUACUUCUCCUACUCCCCUGUCUGUCGCUCCGUCAUCGAUGAGAAGCAGGAGGACCGUAAGGACCUGCGUCACCCUGUUCGUGACAACUGUGUGCUGGUCUCUGAGCUCAACAAGUGUUUAAAGGAACCUCGCUACACAUACAGAGACUACAGUGAUGCUAUCCUUUAUCUAAACGAUGACUUUGAGGGAGGAGAUUUCAUUUUCACUGAGUUGGAUGCUAAACAGUCACCGGCCAGGUGCGUCCACAGUGCGGCCGCGUGGUCGGGUUCGGGGCCCGGGCAGGAAAACCCCCACGGUGUCAGAGCCGUCACCAGGGUCAUAGGUGCGCUGUGGCGCUGUGGUUCCCCCUGGAUCCACUCACAGGAAAAG